AUUUUUUUACUAUAAAUAAGUCAGCAUAGCCUAGGAUGAGGCACAAGUUUUCCAUUACAAGUGCAGCCUUUAACUACUCCAUAGAAAAAUAAAAACCUGCAACAUGAAAUAUUUUAGUUGUUUGAUUGCCUUGCUUGGCCUUUUGGCCGUUGUCUUGGCCUGCGAUCCCGAUAGCAAUAAUGCACCCGAGUGUAGUAGUUCGAAUUUGAAUGUACCCGUUCGUAAUUUCUGGGAUCCCACCGCCUACUGGGUGUGUGAGAAAGCCGCCGCUGCCCCCGAACUGGUACGUUGUCCCGAUGCCCAUUUGUUUGAUUCGGAAAAAGGCGAAUGUGUUCUAUGGAAUAAAUGGAAGUGGGUCAAUCCUUGUCCAGCGAACUAAAGGAUAUUUUCCAAGAGUGGCACAAGGAAAAAUAUUUCCGAAAGUAUAUAUUUAUAAAGAAUGAGAGCAUGCAAGAA